AUGCGACCGAGUUCUCUCCGUCGCCUGUUGGUCAAAGCAAGACCCCUCAGGUCUCUCUCUCGACCCCUUCUCGCCCCUCUUCGCCCCCUCAGGUACGCCGCCAGCUCUCCACUGAAGGCAGCCGGAAGCCGCUAUUCUGUACCUACCUUAGUCUACGUAAGGUGCGGAGGCAGAGAGACACUCAAGAGGGAACACCCCUCUGUCGAAACAUGA